UUACAUUAAUAUAUGAAAGAAUUAGUGAUCACGGAAACCUUUAAAAUUGUAAUAUGUUUCUAUUAAAUACAUAUCUUCUUAUUGUAUCUUUAUCAACUGUAUUUGCAGAAGUUUUCUUUGAAGAACAAUUUCUUGAUGAUACAUGGGAAAAGAAUUGGAUAUAUUCUGAACAUCCAGAACAAGAAUUUGGAAAAUUUGUUUUAAGUUAUGGAAAAUUUUGGAAUGAUCCAGAUAAUGAUAAAGGAAUACAAACUUCUCAAGAUGCAAGGUUUUAUGCUGCAAGUCGAAAAUUCGCUCCAUUUACCAACGAAGAAAAGUCGCUCGUUUUACAAUUUAGUGUAAAACAUGAACAAAAUAUCGAUUGUGGAGGAGGAUAUAUCAAAGUGUUUGAUUGUUCGUUAGAACAGAAUGACAUGCAUGGAGACAGUCCAUAUCUUAUUAUGUUUGGACCUGACAUUUGUGGACCUGGAACAAAAAAAGUACAUGUAAUUUUUAAUUAUAAAAAUAGAAAUCUUCUGAUUAAUAAGGAUAUACGUUGUAAAGAUGAUGUGUACACUCAUUUAUAUACACUCAUCAUUAAACCAGAUAAUACAUAUGAGGUUCUUAUUGAUAAUGAAAAAGUAGAAUCUGGUUCACUUGAAACAGAUUGGGAUUUUCUGCCACCAAAAAAAAUUAAAGAUCCUUCCCAGUCAAAGCCCACAAAUUGGGAUGAUAGACCUACAAUUCAAGAUCCAGAUGAUAAGAAACCUGAUGAUUGGGACAAGCCAGAACAUAUAUCGGAUCCCGAUGCUACAAAACCAGAAGACUGGGAUGAUGAGAUGGAUGGCGAAUGGGAAGCUCCUAUGAUUGAUAAUCCAGAAUUUAAGGGAGAAUGGAAACCGAAACAAAUAGAUAAUCCAAAAUAUGAAGGGCCUUGGAUACAUCCAGAAAUUGAUAAUCCUGAAUAUAUUCCCGAUCCAGAUUUAUAUAAAAGAAAAGAAAUAUGCGCCGUUGGAUUUGAUUUAUGGCAAGUUAAAUCAGGCACAAUUUUUGAUAACAUUCUUCUAACAGAUGAUCCUGAUUAUGCUCAACGAUUCGCAGAAAAUGUUUGGAAACCUACUAUUGAAGGAGAGAAGAAAAUGAAAGAAAGUCAAGAUGAAAAGGAAAAGAAGCAAAGAGAACAAGAAGCCAAAGAAAGUAUAGAAGAUAAAGAAGCUAUUGAUGAAGAUGAAGAUGAAGAUGAGGAGGUACAAAAUAAUGUAAUUCCAGAAGUAGAGGAACACGAUGAGCUGUAAGAUUACCAUUAUGAAGCAUAAUUUUAUUUAUAUUUACGAAAAUUUUCAUUAAAGAUGUUUAUAUACCAAUAUCUUAUAAAUGAAAAUUGAAUGCAAGGAAUGAUUGCCUUUGAGUCCUGUAAUCAUCAUUAAUUGUCAAACAUUUUUAAAAUGUACUUCCAACUUUUUCUACUUAUUAAAUUAAAUGUAAAGAUGUACAGUUUCAUUGAUAACAUAAAAUGAUUUUAUUUUAUAACUAA